AUGAUUAUCUCUCCCAUUCCGCGAGGAUUGACGGAGCAGUUAAAGGUAAUACCACUGUCUGUAAUAUUCUUAGGUAGUAAGGAGUAUGCGAAUGGAGUUAAUUUGAGGGCAUCUCUGCUAUUUGUGUACAGUGCAACGGCCUAUCUCUUGGUUUCAUCAAAUUUGAAUAUAAAUGCUCUUCCCUUUUUCCUUCGUGCCUUGGUUGUCUCCACACUUUCUCUUUUCCCUGCAGCGGUCGUCUGCACGCUCUGGGUUGUUCGCUAUCACGUAGAACUGGACUUUCUGCAUAGCAUCUCUCAGAUUGUCAUUCUUUCUACUGCUUUGUUGCUGCUGCCCCCAUUCCCUGGCACCACCAAUGUAGUCGACUCUAUAAUGGUGAUUCAGUAUAUAAUUUUUAUUUAUAGUGUAUUGAUACUAUUAGAUAACAUACUGCUUUCUAGAUUGCUCGGAGCAAUCGGCUGGAAUCGCUCCUUACAAGCAAGCGCACCUUACUACUGGGCUGCCCUCUCUUCUGCGCGAUGCUGUCUCCAGUCUGUUUACUUGUCCCUGUGCUCUCUAUAUUUUAUUAAAUUUCGAAAUGCAUCUACCAAGGGCCAAAACGUGCGGUUAAGACGCUUUUUAGCCCAUAAGAAAGCGCAGACCUUGCCAGCGGAGCGUUUAACUAUUCUAUCAACCCGUAUAGACAUCGACAGACAGACGAGGUCGUUCGAUUUAUUAUAUAUCGUUCUGAUACUGGUUAUUUAUGGCCAUAUAUGGUAUACUAGUGUCUGGAAGGGAAAUGCCAUAGCCAAGUACCUGCCACAGUACUAUGGAGUAGGAGACCUUAUCCCUUUAUAUUUCGACCGAACGUCAUCAUAUAAGAUUGCAGGUUGUGAUAAUUUAACACAGUAUAUGUUAUACUUAGUCCUAUUCUUUAUUAUAGGCUGGCUCUACUACCAUCUUUGUCAGACAAAAUUGCACCGCUUGAAGCUACAACAUGCCUCCAGAGACCUUACCCAGGCAUUCUGUCGUAAGGGUUUCCAUCUCCUCUACAUAAUAGUGCUUCUAUCUCUAUUCUCUGAUCCAAUCGCCUUCUUCGUUCUUUCUUCAAUAGCCGUGGGUUGCUUCUGUAUAUUGGAGGCCGUGCGUGGUCAGGUGCAGACCCCCUUUCACACGUAUACACAGUGCUUUGUUGUAGAUAAGCGCAGAAACGUGGAGCUAUCCCAUAUCUUUCUAUUACUUAAUGGGAGUGUCUUUCCUGCUGUCUACUUUCUCCUUUGGCUAGCUGCUGGCCCUCCUGUGCAUACACCGGAUGCUCAUGGCGAUACACACCAUUCAUCCAAUAUUUGGUCCAAAACUCUUUAUUUUAUUCGUGCUAGAGACACUAAGCUGCAAAGCUAUGACUCGUUUUUGUCGGCUGGCGUUGUGACAACUAUCUGCGCGGAUGCGUGCGCUGUAUACGCAUCUAUUAUUUUCACCUACAUUACUGGCUUUCCUCCCCGUCGCUAUAAAGAUAUAUUCUAUAUUAAAUUUAAAUCUAAUCUGAUUGUAGUAUCCGAUUCAUCAGAAAAAAAAGAUUCGACGACUAAACAGUUAUCACCCAAGUGCCGCUAUUUUUCAUCUCACUACAGAAACAGCAUUCCGGUCACCUUAGUCUCAACCAAAACGACGUGUACCGGGCUGUCUCCAUUCAGUAGAGGAUGUCACAACGCCUGUUUAAAUAAAAACAGAACAUUUGUGGGCAGCAUUGGAUUCUGGAUAUCGUCCACCCUUAUUUGCGCCCUACUGUAUGGGUACUCUAUUGGGCAGAGCUUACUUCUAAGCAUGAUUACUGCCCUUGCAGAGACUGUCUCGUCCAUGGAUAAUUUAAUUCUUCCAUUCAUAUUUAUAUGUUUCCGUGGACUUGUGUAUCAUCUACUCUGA